CCCACCCCCCCCACCCCCCCGGAGACCCCGCCGCGGGGCGAUGGAGCCCGAAGUGAUCCGCAUGUACUCCUCCUCCCCGCCCCCGCUGGACGACGGGGCGGAGGACGAUGACGACGACUUCGGCGACUUCGGGGCCUUCGCCGGCGUGCCCGCCAGCGUCAGCUUCACCGAGUUCGACACCCAGGCCGUGUUCGGGCAGGCGCAGACGGCCACCGCGGCCGACACCUCGCCCCCCGGCCCGUUCGCCGAGCCCGCGCCGCCCCCCGCCCUCUCGGCCUCCGGCCACCAGGGGGCGGACUCGAGCGCGGGCCCCCGGGCCCCUGUGAAAACCGUCAGUGCCGAGGAACUGAGAAAGCCGCUCGACCAGAACCGCUUGAACUCGUCCGAGCCCGACCCGCCGGGCGGCCGGACCAAGGCGGAGAACCACAGCUGCAACGGGGGCUUCGCCGUGGGAGAGGUCCUCACGAACGGGUUCGGCACCUUCGACGGCGAGGACCCGAGCUCCCCCUGUCCCCCGCUCGAGCGCCCCGCAAACAAAGGGACCGCCGCCCCCGCCCCGGACUCCCCGCCCAACACCGAGGACGAAUUCGACGACUUUUCCGCCUUCGGUGGCGAGGCGUCGGAGCGGGUGACCGAGUCGGACACGAGAGAGGGCGGGGAGCGGGAGGGGUCGGACGGAGGGAAGCGAUUGGCCGACGGUGACGUCGACGGGCGGUUGUCAGGCCCGGGUCGGGCGGAGUCGUGCGCGGAGGAGAACGGAGUCAGGGACUCUCGGUCGACGCCGCCCGUGACCUCUGACCUCCCCGCUGUCGCCGUGGAGACCCUGAUGAACGGGGACGGGGGCUCCGUCACAGAUGAGGAGACGGAGCGGAGGGAUGCGCACUCCUGCAGCGCUCUCCCGGAACCCGCGGGGGGAGCGGGCCAGAGCGGGGCCACGGCCGUCCAGAACGGCGAGAGGCAGGAGGAGGAGGAGGAGGAGGAGGAGGACCAGUCGGACGGGUGCGCGGGGGCGGGGGCUGAUGACGGAGGGGCGGGCGGGGGCGGGAAGGGGGCGGGCGGGGGCGGGAAGGGGGCGGAGGAGACCGAGGUGGGGGUGUCGGUGUCGGUGAGCGAGAGCUUCGCGUCGUUCUGCCAGGCCGGGACCCCCGACGGGGAGCCUGAUUUCGGGGACUUCAGCAUGCCGGGAACGGCCCCUUCGGCGUGUCCGGAGGAGGAGACGCUCACGCCCGCGGACCCCAGCUGUCCCACCGAGGAGGAAGAAGAGGAGGAGGAGGAGGAGGAGGAUUUCGGCGACUUCGGCGACGCCGGCUCGUUUAGCGGCCCCGGUUUCGCCGACUUCGACCGGACUGAGUCCGAGCUUCCCGCCCAGUUGGCGGAUUCGCCGAAGGACUCCGGGGACGACGGGGGCGAUUUUGGGGACUUCGGCACGCCUCAGGAGGAGGGGGGGGAGUGCGAGGGAAAGGCCGGCGGGGGGGCGGGUGAGGAGGAGGAGGAGGAGGAGGAAGGGUUUGCAGAUUUUCCCGGCAGCGACAGCUUCGCGGAUUUCAGCUCGGCGCCCGGGGACGCCGGCCCGGAUUCGGGUUCUGGGUGGAGCGCCUUCGAGGACCAGGACCAGGACCAGGGCACGGGCGACACCUCGGCCUCCUCUUGGGCCACGUUCGGGGAGCAGCAGAGCGCCACAGGUUCCGAGGACCAGCAACGACUUCAGGACAGCCCUCCUGUCACAGCGCCCCCUUCUGGGGGCUCCCAGACCUGCAGGAGAGACAGCCAGUCGGUGUCCCUGUCCGACCGUCUGGAGCGGCUGUUCCUCCUCUCGUUCCCUGGCGCGCCCGCCCCGGAGUGGGGGGAGGAGGUGCUGACACUGGGGGUCCUCCUGGAGCCCGCGAGGAGGGGGGAGGGGGAGGAGGAGGGGGAGGAGGAGGACACCCCCGCGCCACACGAGGACCUGGGCAGAGUCUGGCGGCAGCUGCUGGAGAUCCAUGAUGCACUGGGGCUGCGGUACCAGUGGGGCGGUUCCCAUAGCAACAAGGCCCUGCUCUGCUCCCUGGGCAUCGACACCCGGAACAUUCUGUUCACGGGGCAGAAGAAACAGCCGGUGAUCGUGCCCAUGUACGCAGCAAGCCUGGGAAUGCUGGAGCCCACUAAAGAGCCGGUAAAACCCGUCUCUGCCGCGGAGAAGAUCGCCUCCAUCGCACAAGCGCCGCCCGUUUCCCCGGAGACCAGCCCGUGUUCGCCCGACCCCAGCCAGGAGGCGCUCCCUCCCGUCCAGUUCGACUGGAGCAGCAGUGGCCUUACGAACCCUCUCGACGCCAGCGGAGGGUCCUGUUUGCUCAACCUUGACUUCUUUGGACCGGUGGACGACUCUAGCUCUAGCAGCGCCACCUCUAUCCCAGGUGUGGACCCGGAGCUCUACGAGCUGACCACGGCCAAGAUGGACACCAGCAACACCGGCAGCCGCAUCGCCGACGCCUUCGCCCGGCUCAUGUCCACCGUGGACAAGACCAGCACCUCCACCAGGAAGCCCAGGAAAGAGGAGAAUCUGAGCGCGGAGGCGGUGAAGGUGAUCUCUGGCCUGCCGGACCUCUCCUUCAUGCAGGCGAAGGUUCUGAUGUUCCCAGCCACGCUGACGCCACUGGGAUGCUCCGCCCCCUCACCUGACUGACACCCUGGCCCCGCCCACUGCCCCCCACCCCCACCCCUCCACCUCUUCAAUCACUUUUAUCACUCUUUAUUUUCCCUGUCUGAUUCUGUUCUUUUUUUUUUUUUUUUAAGUAUAAUAUUAUUUUAAUGAAGUUUUUCCAUUCACCCACUAUCCUCUCAAUGAAGAAGUGUAGGGCAGGCACCCGCGAUGCAUCUGUCUGUCUCUGUCCGUCAACGAGCUCCGCAGAUGGUGUAAUAACAGUGAAUAUGAAAAAUAAAAGCAUAUAUUUAUUUAUAGACCGAAGUCCUAUGAAGUAAGUCUUGUUUAUAAUAGGGGAAUUAAUCUGUAAAUAAUCAGGGAUGAGUUUCAGUUCUUUUCUUUUCUUUUUCUGGAAGAUUGUUACUUUUUUUCCUGUGCUGGGGUUGUUAGUGUUCGUCGUUGUGAGAUAAUACUGGUUAAAGUCUUUGCAAGGCACGAGUACAAAAAGUGAAUUUGAAAAAUCUAUAAAUAUCUACGACAACUUGAAACCACACUGCCUGCAAAAUCCAGCGGAAUGUUUCGUGUCGUGUUUAAUUGCCUUAGUUUUAAAUUUCUCGUUUGUUUUACUCCGUAGAUUUUACCCUAAACUUUAUUUCUUCAUUCGUACAAGUUCCAUCUCUAUUGUGUAUUAUUUUUGUUCGUCUGAUUGUGGGUUUGAUACGUAAGUAAAGACUACUCAACCUGUGGCUCUACAAAUGCCAGUUCGGCACAGACAAAUGUUUUUUGUUUUAUUCUUGUUUUCUUUUGGGAGGGAGGGAAUUACUACAGUUGAAACCACUGACAUAGAGUACUUUAGAAGUGUUUACCUUUGAAGGAGCUUAAGACGGUGAUAAUCAACACGAAUCACAAGGAAUUGAGGGACCAAUAUCCGCUUCCAUGUUUCCCGUUAUUUCGACGUUACGAGUGCUUCUGCUCCGCUUGCGGUCGACGUUUUGUUUUGUUUUUGUUUUUUUGUUUCCCCCCCACGUCUCUUCUGUUUUACCACUGUAACCUGUUUUAAGGAGGAUUUUGCACAUUGUAAAGAUGAAGUGGGUGUAAUCAUAGUUCGCUGUGGCUUCAGACUGUGUACAGAAACUAUGGGCUGUAAAAUGUACGGGGAAAUUCCUAUGGAAACAGACAAUAGACUUGAAGAGCCUGUAAAAAGGUUAAUAUGCAUGCCCUGGUUCUUUUCAGACUUUAGUGUGUAAAUUUACUUUUAGUGUACACAAGAAAUUAAAAUAAUUUAAGAGAAAAACA